CUUCUCAACUGCGUCUUCCUAGCCAUGACCGAAACAGUAGAUGAGGCUGAGUAUAUGUUCUUGGCGAUCUACUCGGCGGAGAUGAUGAUCAAGACAGUAGCCAAGGGAUUCAUCCUGAACAAGUACACAUACCUACGCAACCCGUGGAAUUGGCUGGACUUCGUGGUGAUUGUGUCCGGUUACGUCACCACCGUCAUAGAGCUGGGCGAUAUGGACGUCCAGCUGGGGAAUCUCGCGGGACUUCGGACCUUCCGUGUCCUGCGGGCGCUCAAGACGGUGUCUAUCAUGCCUGGUGAGUGGGCGGAGCUUCGAGUCGUGUUUUUUAUUUUUUAUUUUAUUUUAUUUUUUUAGGAGUUAAUGAUUGUGUUUUGAAUAUGAUGUUUUUUUUUUUAAGAUGAUAAGUGAUGGGGUUUGUUUUGAUUGCGAUGUUUUCUUUAAGAUAAUUAGUGAUGGGGUCUGUUUUUAGUCGAUGUUUUUAAGAUAAUCAGUGUUUUUUUUAAUGAUAAAUGAGAGGGUUUGUUUUGAUUCGAUGUUUUUAAGAUAAUAAGUGAGAGUUUGUUUUGAUACGACGUUUUUUAAGAUAAUUAGUGAUGGUUUUGUUUUGAUUCGAUGUUUUUAAGAUAAGUGAUUGAUUGGGUUUGUUUUGAUUCAGUGUUUUUAAGUUUUAAGAAAAUAAGUACUGGGAUUCGUCUUAAUUUGGAUAUUUUUAAGAUGAUUAGUGAUGGGAUCUGUUUAGAUUAUGUUUUUUUUUUUUUUUUUUUUUUCAAGAUAAUAAGUGAGAAGGUUUGUUUUGAUUGCGACACUGUUUGGUAUUUGUUCGUGCUGUUUUUUUUGUUGUUGUUGCUGUUUUGUA